CGCGAAUCACUGCGCUAUAUUAAACCAUGCCGCCAUCGCGGAUCGGUCGCUGCUCUUCCAGCCACUCGUCGUCCCUGGCCAUGCCGUCGAGCUGACAUUGUUCGGUUGCACGAAAGGAGGAGGCGAUCGAUCGGCACCAUCGAUCAUCGAUCGGUCACAGCAAGGACGCCAUUGUUGCCAUGUCCUCCGACGCCGGCGGCAAGGUCAUGCCCAAGUCCAGAGCUUCCUUCUUCCUCUACGGCCUUCUCCUCUACGUGCUUCUGCCCGUGCUGGCUGUCUACGUGGUCGCCUUCGCGCUCUCUCCGUUCUACUCCGGAUCGCGCCCGCCGGCUGGAGGAAAUGCCGUGGCUCGUCUUGCGGCGGGCGCGGAUGGAGUGCGCAACUCUUCUUCGUCGUCGUCACCGUCGUCCGCUAUGAUACGAGGUCCGCCGACGCCGGUGGCACGGACGAAACCGAGGGCGGACGCCGCACCGACGGGCCUGCGGCACAUCGUGUUCGGCAUCGGCGCGUCGGCGUCCCUGUGGGAGAGCCGGCGGGAGUACAUCAAGGUAUGGUGGCGUCCGGGCAAGAUGCGCGGUUUCGUGUGGCUGGACAAGCCGGUGCCGGAGUACUACUCCCGGAACUCCUCCACGGAGCUCCCCGGCAUCAAGAUCAGCGCGGACACGUCCAAGUUCCCCUACACGCACGGCGCUGGGAGCCGGUCCGCGCUGCGGAUCUCCCGCAUCGUCUCCGAGAGCUACCGCCUGGGCCUCCCCGGCGUCCGGUGGUUCGUGAUGGGCGACGACGACACGGUGUUCUUCCCGGACAACCUGGUGGACGUGCUGUCCAAGUACGACCACACGCAGCCGUACUACAUCGGGAACCCGUCGGAGAGCCACAUCCAGAACCUCAUCUUCUCCUACGGCAUGGCGUUCGGCGGCGGCGGGUUCGCCAUCAGCCGCGCCCUGGCCGCGCAGCUGGCGCGCAUGCAGGACGGGUGCAUGCACCGGUACCCGGCACUUUACGGCAGUGACGACCGGAUCCACGCGUGCAUGUCCGAGCUGGGCGUGCCGCUGACCCGCCACCUCGGGUUCCACCAGUGCGACAUCUGGGGCGACGUCCUGGGAUUGCUGGGCUCCCACCCGGUGGUGCCGCUGGUGACGCUGCACCACUUCGACUUCCUGCAGCCGCUGUUCCCGGGGGCGAGGUCCCGGACGGCGGCGCUGCGGAGGCUGUUCAAGGGGCCCGUGCGACUGGACCCUCCGGCGGUGGCGCAGCAGUCGGUGUGCUACGACCGGGAGAAGCAGUGGACGGUGUCGGUGUCGUGGGGGUUCGCCGUGGUGGUGAUCCGCGGGGUGCUGUCGCCGCGGGAGAUGGAGACGCCCAUGCGCACCUUCCUCAACUGGUACAAGCGCGCCGACUACACGGCCUACUCCUUCAAUACGCGGCCCGUGGCGAGGAACCCCUGCCAGCGGCCGCAGGUUUACUACAUGCGGCGGUCGCGGAUGGAGAGGCGGCUGCGCCGGCGGAAUGGCAACGCGACGGUCCUGACGACGGUGACCGAGUACGAGCGGCACCGCGUUGUGAAUCCCGUCAGGUGCCGGUGGCGCAUCUCCGACCCGGCCACGCUGCUGGAUCGCGUCGUCAUCGUCAAGAAGCCCGACCCCGACCUAUGGAAACGGUCUCCGAGGAGGAAUUGCUGCAGGGUAAUAUCGUCCCCCAAUAACGGCACCAAUGAUCGGACGAUGGCCGUCGACGUAGGUGUCUGCAGGGACGGCGAGUUCGCCAGAGUUUAG